CGGUUUGGUUGGUGUGAACACUUAAACUUAGACUCUAAGCCAAAACCACACACCUUAUAUAUCUGUUGUUUAACCCCUUUAUGCCCACCUUCCAAUCACCAUAAAUCUCUCUCUCUCUCAGCUUCAUCAUAUCAUUUGGCAAAUAUACGAUACAACCAUUAUUAUAUAUUUCUUGAAGAAACUAAAGAAUGAGAGAUAGAAUGGAAAGAUUUGCACUUCUUCCCUUUUCUAUGGGUUGUGUCUCUGAGUCAAGUGUUGCGGUUUCUCGUCCUCUUCAUCUCACCAAUACGCCACCAAAUAAUCCCCUACACACACCAAAAAAAUUUCAAGAGUGGAGAGAGGAAAGGGAAGAGGUAGAGGAAGAGCGGGAAGAGGGUGAUGAGAAAACUCGUCAUCUUAAAUUGCGGAGGCUCUUGAAAAAUUUCAAGAGCUUGUCUCAAUUAUUUUUGUACAAGGAAGAUGGGGAUGAGGUGGGAGAAGAAGAAGAGAGUAGAAUGAUGGAGAUUGGACAUCCAACAGAUGUUAAACAUGUAACUCACAUUGGCUUGGAUGGGGCGUCCACUUCAAUCCUCUCCCAGAGAUGGACCCCAUCAUGCAGGAUGAUGAUGGACAUGCAUCCGCAUCAUCAUCACCAUCAUGACAUCUUCCUCAGCACUACAACUUCACCCUCUCCGACCACGGCGGCCACAACUCCGGCCACGAACCCACCGUCGCCGGCAUCUAUUGUAAAUGCAGUGCAUCACCAGCCAGCUGACGUAUAAUACAUACAUGUUGAUCUGCCUUGCCAAAAUAUGUAUAAGAUAUUUGUUAAUUAAGAUCAUAAUUAAUUAACAAAAAUGGGCACCAUUGGAUCGGAGUCAUUCAUCAUUAUAUCCCCCCCCCCCUCCACCCCCCAUGUAGAUUGCUUGUUUUGUCUGUGGUGGUUCAGGGUUCACAUAUAUAACUAUGCAAUUCUCCAUGUCUGUACAUUGUAGGUACACAUAUGAAUUGAAGUAACAAUAAUCAGUCAUGUAAUUACUUGUCAUGCAA